CCCAAUUCUCUUCCUCUUCCUGUAAUACUUAAAUAUAUGCCUUUGUCCUUGUAACGUCCAUCCUAAACCCUUGGUCACCAACAUUCCACUCCGUGCAAUUGUCUCUCAUCUAUUCCUCGUUGUAACCCGCAAUCACACCUGGAAUUAGUGUCUCCUCUGCUUCUUUUCUUUUCUCUUUUGGACACCACUCCCCUCCAUUCAAUUGCUCCUAUUUGUGAACUCCUAUCGCAUCCCGGUGCUCUUCAGCGCGUCCAACCAAUCAAGUCACCUGAUAAAUCUAGCGUCAUGUCAGUCUCGGAGGCCGACAUCAUCAUUAUCGGAGGAGGCACGGCUGGUCUUGCAUUGGCAGCUCGCCUGACUGAGAAUCCCAACCUCCAGGUUCUUGUCUUGGAAGCGGGCCAAGACCAGACCGAUGAUCCUCGUGUCCAGACCCCAGCGCUAUGGCCGGGCCUUGUGGCCACAGACUCGGACUGGAAGUUCAUGACGGCGCCACAGGUUGCCUUGGGGGGCAAACAGAUUCCCCUGCCACAAGGCCGUAUCCUGGGUGGGUCAAGCGCCAUGAAUGGCAUGGCAUUCAUUGCCAACUCCAAGGCCAAUAUCGACGCCUGGGGAGCCUUGGGGAACACCGGUUGGGAUUGGGAUACCCUCAGCCCAUACUACAGGAAGACCUUCACUCUGACAUUGCCGUCGGAGGAUAAGCGCCAGGAGCUGGGCUUGGAGUACGUUGAUAAAAGUGUCAACGGAACCGAUGGGCCCAUUCAGGCCUCUUUUCCUGAUGCAGUUCUCGACCCAAUUGCCAACGCGUGGGUUGAGUCCCUGCGGGGGCUGGGUUACCCCAUGUCGACCGAUCCCUUCUCUGGGGUUGCCUAUGGGGGUUAUACAAAUGCAGCAACUAUUGACCCUGUCAAGAAGACCCGCAGCUUCUCUGCCAAUGUAUACUAUCUACCUGCAAAAGACCGUACUAACCUGCAUGUUGUGACGGGAGCACUGGUUCAGAAGGUACUCCUCGAGGUCGUUCCGGAUGGCGACGCCAAGGCUACUGGAGUCAAGUACGCAAAGGACAAUAGUGUCUUCACAGUCACGGCUCUUCGGGAAGUCAUCCUUUGUGCUGGAGCCUUCAACUCGCCAAAGUUACUUGAACUCUCGGGGAUCGGGUCGCGCACCAUCCUUGAAAGCUUCAACCUUCCGGUGAUAAUUGACAACCCCAGUGUCGGGGAGAACCUUCAGGAUCACGUUCUGGCCGGGCUGAGCUUCGAAGUGGAAGACUUCAUCAACACGAAGGAUGAUCUGAUGCGCCGAGUACCUGAGGUUCUUGGUGCAGCGAUGGAAAGCUACCACGCCCGCCAGUUCGGCCCCUUCACGAUCGGUGGCAACUAUUCCUCUGCUCUUCUCCCACUCCCCGACUUCUCCGAUCCCACUACUGGUUCCGAUGAACUAGCCACCGUCCUCGCCACCACCGUCCCCGACUCGUCAGAUCCCUUUGCCGCUGACCUUGCCUCCUUUGUGCGCUCGCUCCUCGAGAACCCUCGGGAAGCCACCGGUGGCUAUUUCACAUACCCCGCCCAGUCCGAUUUCAAGGGGUCGGGCGCAGCCAUGCGAACGAUCCAGUCGAAACUGCCUGAGAACUACAUUACCAUUUGCGUUAGUCUGAUGCACCCACUGUCGCGCGGUACCUGCCACAUCUCAUCCGCCGACCCGGCCGACCACCCCAUCAUCGACCCUCGUUACCUGACCCACCCCGCCGACCUGGAGAUGCUCGCGCGACACACCCGAUUCAUUGAUGCGAUUGCCGCAUCACAGCCCCUUGCCUCAAAGCUAAAACCGGGUGGCAAGCGCCUAGGCUCGCCUGAUGAUUUGCGCAAAAUAUCACUGGAUGAUGUUAAGGAGUACGUCAAAUGCGCUGGCAAGAGUACCUUUCAUCCCACCAGUACCUGCGCUAUGAUGCCUCGGGAGAAGGGGGGCGUCGUAGACUCCCGCUUACGGGUCUGGGGCACAAAUGGAUUGCGCAUCGUGGACGCCAGCGUCAUUCCUAUUGUGCCCAGGGGGAAUACCCAGAGCGCGGUUUACGCCAUUGCGGAGCGGGCAGCGGACUUGAUCAAGGAGGAUCUAGGAGGGAAGUAGCUCAGCACCUGUAGAGACAGACCCAUUCUGUAGGUUUGCGCUGUUAACUUCAGAGAGAAUCUCGUACCAGGGUAGUGUCUAAUCAGAGAAUCACCCCAGCCCACUGCUUGGGAUUUCAAAUUCUUCCCUGUGAUAGGAAAAGACAUCAUACACAUGAGGAUACGGAGUAGUGAGGUCUUUUAUACCGUCCCAACCCAUUCAUUAAGGACGCUUAGAAGGGGAAUCGAGGAAAGAUGAAG